UGCGCAGCUGAGAAUUGCUUCCGAGGGUGGAUGUGGCUAAAAGAUGGCUGACAGGAAGAAUAUUAGUGUUCGCUGGUUAUACAAAGGAGAGAAAGAGAAAUGGAUUCCGUUCUGUGGAAAUGACUCGAUUUUGUUAGAAGAGGAAUAUUUCUCGUCGCAGAAUUGGCGAGGAGAGCUCAGACGUUCUGUAGAUUCUUCCGUUCUUGUUAGGGACGGGAUGUAUACAGCGGACGUGAAGAAAAAAGUGUGUCAGCCGGUUUACUGGGAAGGAUCACCUACUGUCAUUAUUCGAGGAACAUGGUUUGUUGAAACACGAAAAGGUGUUUAUCAGCCACUGCCAGAAGAGGAAGCUGAUUAUAUUGAGCGAUCUCAUUGGAGUGAACCAUUACGUAAUAAGCUAGAGGGAGGUCAAGAUGAAACAGAUGGCACCAAGAGCAGUUCCAAAUCACGUGAACCUUUGUUUACAGCCGAACAAGUUGCAUCAAGUUCAAGCUCUCAUUGCAUUGCUUGGUAUGGUGAAGAUGACGUUUGGCUGAACACGAAAGGCAUUACAAAUAGUGUGACUAAAAGAGUUGGCAGUUUGCUAGGCAAUAAGAAAAAAGGAGAUCUAGUGCGUGCAAAGCGUCUACGCAGAGGAUGGCACACUCAACCCAGUAAAGAAGACAAGCUACCAAAAGCUAUUCACUUAGUAAUGGUUAUUCAUGGAAUUGGCCAAGCACUAGAUUCAUCAAGUAUUGUUACAAGUGCCAAGGGUCUGUCAGAGGCAUGUCUGCAAGAGGUGCUUGGAAAUGCUCCAGAUGGGGAGGCGAACGGUCGUGUGGAGUUUCUACCUGUGGAAUGGAGAACUUCUCUGACGUUGGAUGGCGGCUUAUUGGACAGGAUCAGUCCGCCAGGGAUAUCUCAGAUUCGAAAGAUUAGCCAACUUGCAGUCUGCGACAUUCUCUACUACAUGAGCCCACUUUAUGGUUUGGAGGUUGUCAACAAUGCAUUGAACACGAUUAACAAGCAGUAUAGACGUUAUGUGGACAACCACCCAGAGUUUGCAAUAGAUGGCCGUGUGUCUCUUCUGGCACACUCACUGGGCAGCGUUAUUUCUUACGACAUUCUCGCAACCCAAGCAUGGGGAUCGAAAACAAAAUGGGUUGGCCAAACACCAUCUUGUGAAGAACGCCUCCUGUUUCCAGUUGAAAAUUUCUUUGCUAUUGGAUCUCCUCUGAGUUUGUUUCUUAGCAUGAGAGGUGCUGACAGUGAGAAGAAAAUGUCUCGGCUUGAAGACAAUCCAUUCUGUUUGCCAGAAACUGUUUGCAGAAAGAUGUUCAACAUUUACCAUCCAUCAGAUCCAAUAGCGUUCAGAUGGGAGCCGCUGAUCUCACCCAAGUAUGCUGAAAUACAGCCAGUUACAGUGAGCCGGGAUUCUCAUAGAACAAGCAGCUCCUCGUCGACUUCUUCACUAACUUCCGACAAGGAUGAAGCAGAUCGUCCUCCAACAGUAGCGGCUGCAUCAUCCAAAUCAUCAAGUCUGUUUGGUUCCAUCGCAGGUGCAAUUGGUACCGCCAUAACAUCAUCAAAACUCCUAACCGGGUCAGUUCCUUCUGAUGACCAGAGGGCGAGCAAGACCAAGGGAUCAUUGCCAGAAUCAUUUAUUCCCCGUGACAAACGGUUGCCUCAACGGUAUGAUUAUGCGUUGAAGGAGAGCUUUGUGGAACAUGCGAGUCAAUACAUACAGGCUAUCACAGCGCAUACCAACUACUGGACAUCAACAGAAGUAGUGAGGUUUAUUCUUGCUCACACAGAGUAA